AUGUCAGCUGAACCCAGCCCUUUAGGGCUGCUUCUCUUGCGGAAAUUUGCAACAGGAAAGUUGAGUGCUUGUGAAAUUCAAGAGAUUGCACACUGUGCUGUGAAGUCUGGUUGUGACAGUCAAGAUAUACAUUCCUUGGCACAGCUGGGCAGUUAUGGGCUGACUGGAGGAAAUGUGCACAGGGAUCUUGUCAGGAAGUUUUUUGGGAAGCUGCAGUCACCAGCCCCUUUCAAAAUCAGAGCCCCAAUAGCUUUGAAGGAGGAUGGCCAAAGAGUUGUGAAAGCUGGAGAUGUCUGGGUGCUCCUUCCACACCAAUGGAUUCUGUGCUUGUAUCAGGCAGAUAUGUUGGAAAACAUGUCUUGCAAAGACUCAGACUUGACCACUUUUUGGAGAAGCCAAAAAGAAUCACCACAGAUGAGGAAAUGCCCUGAACUGUGGCACUCCCUAGACUUCGCUCACCCUUCUCAAUUGCCUCUGCCAUUUGCACUCCAUGGUGAUUCAGCACCAUUUUUGGAGCAUGAUUCUGUGCAUGUUUUGUCGAUGAGAUGCUUGUUGACAAAGAAAAGCGUUGCUGAGUCCCAGCUGCUCCUCACCUGUAUGCCCAAGCUAGCUGCUGUCAAAGAGACCUGGGGAAAGAUCAUGGAGUGCCUCUCUUGGUCCUUCACAGUUCUGUACAAUGGCAGAACACCAAAGAAAGGCUUUGAGGGGCAGGCUGCAGAUGGCCCCAGAGGCAAGCCAAUGAGGAGAUGUGUCCUUUGGGCCAUUACUGGAGAUUUGGAGUUUUUUGCAUCAGAAUUCAACUGGCCUUACCCAAAUGCGAAUGAGAUUUGCCCUUAUUGCUGUGCAGAUCAAAAGCAAGAAUCUGAGAGGCCCUUUACUGACAUGCGACCCACUGCAGCAUGGAGAAGCACAAUUUUGAGUGCAGCUGAUUUGGCGAAGAAAUUCAAGCACCCCUUGUUCAAGGUACCAGGGGUGUCAGUCCUCACCCUCAAACUGGACAUCCUACACCUGCUUGAUUUGGGAGUGAGCUGCUACCUUUAUGGCAGUGUUCUAUAUUCAAUCAUGAAUGGCUUGGGUGGCACAAGCAAGGAAGCAAACCUGGCAAGCCUUAACAGGCUGUUGGUGAGGCUCUAUGAUGCCCUAGAAGUGCCUAGUGGGAAGAGAAUCAGGCCUCUCCACAUGAGCGAUAUAGCCAAAACUUCAGAGGAAUACCCCAGUUUGAAGCACAUAAAAGGUGCAAGGGUGAGGUGGCUCGGCCCCAUCAUGGUAGAACUCUGCAAGCUGUACAAGGCAGGAAAAGCUCCAAAACACAGGCUGGAAGCUGUGACUGCUUUGAACAAUAUGUACAAUGCUUUGAAGGUGCCAUGGCAAGAAUGGCUUGAAGAGGCUAGCAAAACCUUCAACUCCAACACAGAAAAUCUUCUGGCCCAUUAUAGCUGGCUGGCAAAGGAUGCCAUGCAGGAAGGGAAACAUUUGUACUCCAUGACCCAGAAGCAUCAUGUGCUCCUCUACAACAAGUUUGAAGAGCAUGGAGUUACCCAAGAGUCCGUGAACGAAAUGCAUUUCCUGCAUGAGCAACUGCAGCGACAUGAUGAUGAAUUCGAUGCUCGUGACGGCUUACACGAGCUGAUGUGUGCGAUGGCAGAACCUGCAGUGGAAGACGUGAUCCCUCCUGAAAUGCCAGACAGCUUUGCAGAGCAGCAGAUUGAGUCGCCCUUUGAGCCCAUGAGCCCAGAACACAUGUGCCUUUGGAUGAUCCAGAGGUUGACCGAGAAGAUCUCAUCGGGAAUGAGGGACGGCAAAGUCCAGAGAGUGGAGCGCUUCACUGCAAUGAGACAGAUUAUGGUGAGCGUCAUCAAGAUUUGUCAAAACGACGCCAGUCAGAGACACAGGGCAUUGUACAUGAUGAGACAACUGACUGACAUUCCCACUGACGAUGAAGAUGAGUCAGGAUGGGGUGACUAG